AUGCAGGGCACGCUGGCCGUGGGGCACGGUGGCUCUGCCGCUUGGCCAGCAGCUUGCCUGGCUGGGGAGCUGGGCUGCGUGUCCUGGGGGCUCUGGACACCGGCCGCGCUGUGCUGGAUCGCUGCCCGCUCACUCCUGUCCCUCUGCCCUAGGCUGUCCUGCGGGUGCCCGGGGCAGGGAGGGCGGCAGGUGUCUGUCCUCUGCCUCCUGUACAGCUUCCUGGGCCGCAUCUGCAAUGCAGUUGGAGCGCUGCUCGCCAGCCAGCUCGGCAUCCAGAUGCUCACGGGCGCCUACAUGGCUGUGGCUGACAUCAUCCGCUUCCUGCUCACCCUCUUUCCCCCGUGCCUGCCUGAGUCCCAGAAGCCAGGAGGUCUGCCCCGCCGGCGGAGGAGGCGGCGGCGGCUGCGGGAUGGUCUGCUCAUCCUUACCCUGCCUCUGUCUGUGGGUGCUGGCUGGUCUCUGCUGGCCCCUGGCCCCCGGCCCCCCCAAGAGCAGCUCAAGGGAGCCCAGCGGAGGCUGCUCGGGGCAGUGUUUGAGGACAACACAGAAGCCCUGGGCUUUGUCCUGGGGCUGCUCUCUACCCUCCUUGCCCUCAUGGCCAGGAUGCCCAGGCUCUCCAGUGCACUGUGGGCCACCCUCUGCUCGGCCGCAGCCGGCAUCCUCCGUGCAGCAGCAAUUGUCACCCAUGACCAGCAGCCUGGGCACAUCCUGAGGGCCCUGCCCUGGCUCCUGGUUGCCCUGGGCUCGGCUGCACUGGACAUGGCUAUCUUGUUCAUCACCUUCGUGGCCAAGAACCAGAUGGACAAGCAGCUUGCUGCAAACUGGGCACCACUUACCAUGUUUUCAAAACCCAGGUCUGGGCACAGGAUGGUGGCAACCAGCCACUGCUUAGACCUGAUGAUCAGGCUGGUGCAGCAGGCUGAUCAUGGUGUGGUGAGGCUGCCCGAGGAUGCACAGAUGGGUGCAGCAGGCCCUGCACCCCCACAGCCCUCUGCCUGCCCCCUGCUCCCGGGCCUGCGCCCUGGGCUCUCCUCAUCCAGCAACUCCAAUGCUGCCUCCAACAACUCAGAGCUCGAGUGGGACUUGGAAGACGUGACGGUGCAGUGGAGCCAGCCCAGCCCUGCUGCUCAGCCUUGCUCCAUGCUGUGCCCGGGCACCUUCAGACAACACGCAGCCCCUCCGAGACACCCCGAGCGCCUGUCCCCCCAGCUGAGCAAGCAGUAA